AUGCCCCCCAAAAACCCCACAGAAAGAGGUCAUCGAAAAUGGAAACCCUUCGAAAACGCACUUCUAAUCUCCUUAUACCCCUUCAAAUAUUCCACUUCCGAACAAAAGGCAGACUGGGAAUGGGUAAGCGCCACAAUGAGUGGGGAAUUUACUCGUCGGGGCAUGACACCACCUCGCGCUUAUAAUGCAAUCUCGAUCAAAAAUUAGUUUGAGCGCUUGCGAAAGGAGUUGUUUGGUAAAUGAGGGACGGAUGGUGUGAAAGCUGAUAUUUAUAUUAGGGCUGUCGAUGUUGUUAGAGCUAUUGAUGAGGAUGCUCCUUUUGUGUCUGUUGCUGGGGAUUUAUCGCUGGUAGAUACGGUUGAGGUGUCGAAGUUGCUGGUUGAGAGUGAUACAGCUCUGUCUGAUACUCUCCCAGAGGUAGUGGAUCUACCGGAGUCUCGAGGUCAUGAUGCUCAGAACAACGUUGUCUCGGAUGAAAAUCCUCCAGAUCCGGAAAAUUCAGAGAUAGAAGAUCUACAGCCAGGUCAAGACCAGUUUCUUCAAGAUGAUACUCAACUCAAAGAACCUCAAAAACCGCAAUUCAAGGACCCCGUCCUACAAAGUUUCUGGAAUUCCAUACUCUCCAACAAUUCUCCUAGUAUCUCCGAGUCAGGAAACCCACAACUGAAUCAAACCCAAUUUUUCCUAGAGAGUCUACAGGACCUACAAUUCGAGGAUCCCACGCUGCAAAACUUCUGGAAUCAAAUCCAAGCCAAUGAUGCUCUGGCAAACCAGGUAGGCUCAAGUCCACAGGCAGAUCACUACCAAGCGCCUCCAAUCGAGACACAAUACCAGGAUCCUAACCAGAUGCAAAUUCAGCUAGAUCAGGAGUUCGAAGUCUUAGAUCGUGAAACGUACCAGAUUCUGACCGAUGAGCUGGAAAGUCUGCACGCGGCUCGGGAAGCUGAAGUACUCGGGUCACCCUCUGGACAGAUGCCAGAUGAGAUUCCUGAUAUACCAGAACCAUGGUUGGAGAACCAACUUGUGACCAGCCAAUAUUCGGAUACUCAAGAGGCUAACAUGCUAGACGAAGAGUAUUAG